GCGCUAAAAUACAGUUAUAUAUUUUUGUCAGUGAAUGUUGAUUUCUGUUCAACAGAUGAUGAAAAAGUUCAGUGAAAAUUCAGUUAGAAACGAAGGAUGGCAUAUCCAGGUUUCUGGUCAUUUCUGUUUUCUUUGUUAGACACAGUGUCGAUUCAAAAUACUAGAUUUACUGUACAACAUGAUCCUUCCACUACAGUUUCUUCGGAAAUCACUAAUAUUAGUCAAAAACCGCGUAACAGAUAUGAGAUUCUCCUCUUAACUGAAUGUGUCGCCAUACAGUCCAUUAUAAAUAUCACGGUGGAAGAUGAGGAAAAUAACAUAAGUUCAACUAUGUAUCUCAAUAGAACCUUGCAAAAUAAAAUCAUUGUGAAUGGCACAUGUGAACAAAAAAGACAGGAUUUGACAGUUUCAUGGUCGCCAAAUGUCGAUUUCUUAGACUGGAAACUUAUAUUUGUGUUUGGAGAGGAUUCUGAAAGAUAUGAUCUGGAAAGCAUAGGUAUUACUUAUACAGUUGAUAAAGGUAAUUAACACUUUGAAAAAAUUAAAGCCACUUUAAAUAACUUUAGUUGCUUUUUUCUCUUCCCUUAAAGAUAAAUUCAAUCAAACAUUACAUUAAAAAAUAUAUUUGAACUUUGGAAUGCCAAUAAUAAUAUAAGUGUUGUAGCUAUUGAACGAAUAAGUGUUUAUCUUAUUUGCUAAAGAUGAUUACGUAGGCAAUGUGUUGAACUCGAAAUAAUGUGUAUAUAGUUACUAACUAUUUAAUUCUAAAUUUUUCAUUAAUACUAAUCUACAUACUUCAUGUUUUGUUAGUUUAUCAUGCUAACACCGCCCCUAUUAGAAAUAAAAUGAGGUUAAUCAUUUCAAAUGCAAUUUUAUUAUACAGGCAAUGAAAUUGAUGCUAAUACAGAUAGAGGUUUGUUCACUAUUCCUGUCGGUGGAUACUAUGAAUGUGCCAAUCAUUUACAUAGAGAACUAUUCGUGGACGAUAAUGAUAAUAUAAAAAUCAAUAUUUAUUUUUUAAACUCAUCAAUGGAAGCAUUCAGACUUGAAAAUCGUUCAGAAUUUAUGGGUCUUGGUGAGUGUACAAAUAUAAAGCUGUUGUAAUAGACCAUUUAACUAUGAGGUAAAAUCUUCCGAAGCUAUUUUUCUACAAUUAUAUUGGCCACAUGUUUAUUAAGUAUUUUGGUUGUAUCAUUUUCGUAUUACCCUUGUUCCAAGCUUUUAUUUCAACAAUAGAAUGGUGCUAUAGUCUUCAAAACGUUGCUUAGAAUCGAUUAUCUGUGUACACGGUACUCCAUUUUUCCCAUCAUUAAGGUUGUUGUUCCGUGAUCUGGUUUUGUAUGCAUAUAAAUGAAUGUCUGAAAUAUUAUGGCGAUCUUGUACUGGUGAUCACCGCUCUUGUAUUCUUCCUCUUCGUUCGCGGCCAGUUAGUAUUGAACCAAUCGUCAAGCAUAGAGUAUCAGUCUCCCUCGUCCUUGCUGCGUAUUGGUUGCUUAAGAUCGUCUACGCUUAUUGGUCCGUUGUAAGACUUAACAAAAGCAUCUGAAAAUAUACCGCUAAAUGACUUUUCUUUUAAAAACUAGGUUUUUUCCUUAAGCAAAUAAAUAUUUUUCUUACCACAGUUUAUUUUUUUAUAAAUAACAUGUGUUCGUUUCACAGACACUAGCAUCUAAUUAAAGUCAUAUUAAACGUGCCAAAGUUGUCCUUUAAUGUUGGGAUAGUAGCAUAGUUGUCGUAAAUCUUACUGGGAAUUCUGUGGUUACACAGGUGUACAACUAGAUAAUAAGUUCAAUAUUUUAAUAUGAUGACAUCCAUUUGUUUAAUAAAAACAUUUUUAUCAUGACGUAGGAUACACAAACCUCGGAAACUUAGUUUCCCAUAAAUUGGUACAUAAGAAAUGUAUUAUUAUUUUGUCGCUAUAAAUGUUACCUAAUAUUUAUAGAAAAGUUCGGUUUUCUUCAUUAUUCAUUUAGUUUACCAAAGAGAACAGAAAGUUCUCGUCGAAAUCAUAAAGAAAUAAACUAAAUGAAAACGGUUCUCGGAAAUGCAAAGUGAAGCAAAAAAAUAACAGAAAGUCUAGACUGAUUUUAAUUCUGAUCAUUAAUGUAUCAAACUAAUUUUCACAUUCCUCCAAGUUCUAUAUCACAUACAUAUGCGGUCUUAUUAAGUAUGUUUCCACUAGUUCCAACCCCGACCGUUGUUGCUACCUUGACGUGGUGGUCGGGCUUGCCUAUCGUGAUGAAGCAACCGAGCUAUACUGGCUGGAACAACCGUUCCUCAAGGUCCUACCAUGUCAGACAGGUCGGUUGAAGAGUGGCAAGACUAAAAGCAACAAACCCAAGGGCCGAAUUCGAAGUUGUACUGCUGACUGUACAGAGGUGUGACAGCAGUAAGGAGUUUCUUUCAGACAACCAGCAUGACAGCGAUGUUGCCUGGUCCUACGUUGUAGCUGACUGACUAGUUCCAACUAGAUAUGUUAUGAAGUCGGACUAUAUUGUUAGUCGUACUAAUUUUCCAUCUAAUAUAGAUCACUAUUUAGAAAUUCGAUAAUUUAACAAUCUGAUUUUCUUAGGUACGAACUGGAAAAAAUCCCAAAUAAAAUGCUCGGUAUGUUUUAUGACAUUAUCUAUUAUUGAACCAUCAUAUUAGAAAUAAUCUAAGCUAUGAUAUAUGGAAUGUUUCUGCGUAACAAUAGAGAGAAUCUAUCUUAAAUAGAAAAUUCUGGUGGUGCUAUCUAUGUUCGCUGAGUUGAAUGGUUUAACUGUACAGCUUUCAGUCUCAAUAACAUCAACGUUCAAAUAAACUUGAAUUAACCCCCAGUGAUUUUGUCCAGAAAGAUAAUGGAACCUUUACAAUUAAAUGAUCGACGCUCAUAGGACACGAUAUCACCAAAUUAUUUCGAAGUUAUUAUUUAUAGAUUGUCUAAUUUCCAAUAUUUUUACACAUUUUUAGCCAUAGACUGUCCAUUGAGUAUCAUAUGGUUAAAGAAGGUUCCAACAAUUGUAUGCACCACCCUACUUUUGAUAGGUCUUGCUAUUCUUUUAAUAUAUUUGUGCAGUCGUCUUAGCAAACGAUCAGCAUAUGAGACAAUUAGAUAAUUAUAUAUAUCUUAUAAUAUAUUUCAAUGAAAUGCUUUUGCACAAAUCAUGAAUGGUUCUAGUUUGAGAUUUGUUUAUUAUUUUCUGUAUCUCGUUCUUGAUAUUUUUGUAUAAUCAAGUGUAAUUAAUUAUCAUCUUUUCCUUACAUUUAUUAAACAGAUUAUUUCUUUAUUACUUUAUGAAAAAAAUAGCAUAUAUAUUGUAAUAAUGUACCUAUACACCGAUGAUAAAAAAUUUGGGAACUUAUCUAUUUUUUGCUUUUUUUAAUGAUAAUACCUAUUGUUCGUAAUGGAAAAUCUUACUUGUAAUGACAUUUAGAAAAAAUGAUUACAAAUGAUGCCAAUAUUAUUAUUGGUACUAAUUUUGUCUUCUUUCGUUAUUUUUUCCAUUAGAUAGUUUAUUGUAAGCUAUUACUCAAUUUUCUAAACAUUCUUUUUCCUUACUGUUACUUCUAUAACAUACAAAUAUAUGACCAUUUAUUUAUU